AUGUCGGGUAAGAAGCCGUUAUCAGAUAUCCGAGGUAUCCUCACGGCUAUCCGCCUCCGCAGGGUUACCCAGGAGGAUACCCUCCUCAGGGUUACCCUCCACCGCAAGGCGGUUAUCCUCCGCAGCAGGGUUACCCCCCUCCACCUGCCGGUUACCCCCCUCAAGGAUAUCCUCAACAGGGUUACCCGCCACCCGCCGGCUACCCCCCUCAGGGAUACCCGCCACAGGGUUACCCCCCUCAAGGAUACCCGCCUGCCGGUUAUCCGCCUGCUUCUGCGUACCCCGCACCCCACGGCUACCCAGGUGGUCAUGUGGCUCACACUGCGCGUGCGGAGAUUGAUCGCCGAGCGCGUCGCAGCGCUGCGCGAGUUGGCUGUGGACGUGGUUCGGAGCCGCUGGCACUACCUCUUAAUCGACUUCCUCUUAGUGGCGCUGGUGGCCGUGCAGUUGUGGCGCCACGUGUCGCAAGGUGAUUGGAGCAGCCGACCGCCCGUCGCGGAUUUCGAGGAGAUGAAACUUGAGAGCAGCGCGGAUGGGCUCCCGAGUUUCUUCGCCUGGCCACCCGCCUCUGAUACGCAAGCCUCCCCUCCCUCUCCUUCCUCGCUAAGAGCGGACUCGGUUCACGCAAAUUUCCGCCCGUCAAAGUCACACUCGUCGCAGUCACACCAGAUCUCGCCAGACGUUGUCUCGUUAGUAUCGACCCCGGGAUUGCAACAACUGCGGGGAAAGCCCGCGCAACAGACGCAGCCGUUAAUUCUGACUCCGUCUGAGACGCGCAAAUCUGAGCCGUCGGAUGAUUCGUCAAAUCCGGCGGCUAGCAGCGGCAUAUCUGAGAACGCAACUGCUGGUGUGCUGGAUGCUGACGUGGCAGUUAAGCUGUACAGUGCUGCGGCAGGUUAUGACACGGCAUCUAGUGAUGAUGACGUGGGACCAUCAAUCUCAUGGAUUCCCCGGACUCCGGAUCUACCACUCUGCUGGACGUCCACGCCAGCAGAGCCAACGUCCCCGUUACAAGCAGCACCAGAACCCGCUAUAACGCGUGGCGGACUGUUUGUAUACGGCAGCAGCUGUUCCGCCUGCACUGUAGGCCACACCUGCACGUUCUUAAUCAGCGUCGAAUCGCCAGGCGCCACGUGGACGCUCCCUCCCGUUGCUGACGCGACCAGUAAUGAUAGCAGCAGCACCAACACCUCUCCUUCCACUGCUGCAGUUACAACCACUGCUCUUGCUGCUCCUCCUGCCACCACAACCACUGCCACCACCGCCACCACCGACACAGCAUCACCAUUCAAUUACCCCGCCAAUUCCUCCGUGCUGAGUUGGUGGAAGCGUGAGCUCGCUCUCUCCCUCGCCGGCCCUUCACUGCUCCACGCCGACCCUGUUUGUGCCGACCCUCCCGCCUGCUCCCGAUUCGUCGUCGCUUACCGAGCCUGGGAUGCGGGGACGUACCGCACACCCCUCCUAGCCAACACACAGCCUACCUCUUCAAGUGAAGCAGCUGCCAAUAACCAGCCAUUUCAUAACGAAGCAGACAAUAGCGAGGAUUUCUUGCGCCGGCUGCUGCUCCUGGCGACGGCAGGGCAGUCGAGUGUGGGAGGCGAGGCAGCAAGUGUGGAGGAGCGAGUGGGGAACUCCACACUCGAAUAUCAAACCCUUGGAGGGGAAUUAGUCCCUCCUGGGACACCUUUUGAGGCGCUUCCAGACGCUGCUCCUGGCGACAGCAGGGCAGGCAGCGGAAAGGAGAAAGUAGGAAACUCUGUACUAGCUUCCCAUGCACCUCAAGCAGACUUGGCCACUCAUGGGCUGCCACGUGUUCUAAAAGAGAGAGCACAGGAAUCCGAGAAGAGAGCAGAGAACGAGGGAGAGGAUGAGACGAUGCAGGUGACUAGCAGAGGCGGUGAACAGGAACAGGCGGCGGAGGGGAGCAGUAGUCCGUGCAGCGGGUCAGUUAUGGGGAGAUGGCUUGAGAUUAAUCCUGAGAGCGAUGCUAACAGUGCCAGUGCCAAUGCCAGUGGCAGUGGCAGGGGCGUCGGCAGCAGGGGCAGCAAGAGCAGCAAGAGAAAAGACACAUGGAAGUGGGUACCUUUCCCCUGUGCCCCUCCAGAGACCCCAGUGAGUGAGUGGAUCUCCUCCCUCACCCGGCGAGGCAUCCGAGAGAUCUCGAUCGCGGGGGACUCGCACCACCGCAUGCUUGCCGCCCACUUGUUCUACAUGCUGUCGGGCGAGGCCGACCUGGCGAAUAGGAAGGGGCGGCACGAUCUGGCGUUUGUGGCGCGGAACGGGAGGAACGAGACGCUAAGGAUUAAUUUCUACUGGGUGGACGGGAUCUACCGCAACGACGAGUUCGGCUGCACGCACAGAGGGGCCUUUUCGCAGCACUACGACUCCUUCCCCAACAUCUCCCUCUCAAGUGACGUCAUCAUCAUCAACAGUGGCUAUUGGGCCGGCAAGCGUUGUCUGCAUCCGCUCUCCGCCCUCAGCACCCACCUCCCUGAAUACCUCGCCUGGGCCCAAUCCCAAGCCGCCUCCGCCGCUGCUUCUGCCGCCCAAGCCUCCUCCGCUGCUGUUGCUGCUGCUGCCACUGCCACCAACCUAGGUGAUCCUUCUCCUGCUGGUUCAGACCCGAGCAGUUCUGAUUUUGCCAUUCAAUCGACAGCAGCAGCAGCAGCAGCAGCAGCAGCAGCCUCCCUGACAACAGGUGCAUUCUCAUCCCCCCUCUCUCCAGCACCAAGCGGGGCCAGCCUUAGGGGGAAUUCAGCAGCUGCUCUCAGCAGGCAGUCUGCAGCAACAGGUGGUGCUGAAAGGGCAGAACGCCUGUUACGCAGUAACAUCACAAGCACCACCACCACCACCAGCGCCGCCGUUGCCGCCGUCGCCGCCGCCACAAGGGCAGCAGCCACAGGGGUAGAAGCCACAAGCACGAGUCGCCGGGUUCGGUUGAUCGUGCGAGCGGCACCGCCAGUGCCCAACGGAGGAGACAGCUGCAGCAUUGCCAGCCGCAUUUAUGAAGGCCCCGCCACCAACCUCUUUCUCUCUGCUGCUAACCACCUGACCAGAAACCUGGUCGACCAGAUAAACGCAGGCAGUUCUGUCCCCCAUAUUGAGUAUUUUGAUAGCUGGCAAGUGGAGGCACCGCGGUUUAUGGAUGCGUGUCCUCGCGAUCAUCACUUUCACUGCUACGGGUCGAACGGGCAGGGGAAGGUGGUGAUGAGAGGGGACGUUGGGGAAGCUGUUGUCAGUUCCGCCGCCACCGACGCCAAGGAGGUGUCGCUGGAUUCGACUCAGAAGUCAUAUCCUUCCCCCCCCCUUCCUCUCCUCCCCCAAUUCCCCGUUCCCUUUCCGAAUCCGACUCGCAGUUCCGCCGUCACCGACGCCAAGGAAGCGUCGCUGGAUUCGACUCAGAAGUCAUAUCCUCCCCCCCCCCUUCCUCUCCUCCCCCAAUUCCCCGUUCCCUUUCCGAAUCCGGCUCGCAGUUCCGCCGCCACCGACGCCAAGGAAGCGUCGCUGGAUUCGUCCGAGUGGUCGCUCUCGGACAAGCUCGUCGCAGGGCGACCAGCAGCCGUCGCAGGCGACGCAACGGGGUCGCAGGCGCGGGGCAGCGGCGCGGCGAGCGACAGCCACGGACGCGGACAGGGAGUAUCCGGCGAGGCGGGGCUGCACCGAGAGGGGGCCGCGGCGGAUGGGGGAAAAGGUUCCGCCAAGGCGAAAGAAAGGCGCGAGCACGUUUGUUACACUUCCUCGGGUGAGCCACAGGAUUCUGGGGUUUGGGCUUCGGGGGUCACACCCUGGUUCCGCGCAACCACCUUUCCCGCAGGGGUGGUGGUGGGCGGAAGGGGGUGUGCGCGGGUAGGUGUGCAUGGCGUCAUGUUCCGCAUCUCCUCCCCCCGAAUGCUCCCCUUUCUCCUUCCGCCCUUCCUCGGUCUUCUCUUCCCCUUUCUCUCCUUUCCCCCUUCUCUCUCUCCCCAUCAGCCCCAUGGAAGGGCUACCAUCUGGUUCCGCGCAACCACCUUUCCCUGGGGGGGGUGGUGGGCGGAAAGGGGUGUGCGCGCUGUGUGGGAGAGCGUGAGUGUGUGGCCCACGAUCUCCUUCCCCACUUCUACCCAUUGUUCCCUUCUUUCGUCCAAUGUCCAACGUUCUCCCCCCCGAUGCUCCCCUUUCUCCUCUCCUUCCGCCCUUACCCUCCCCUUCCCCCUUCUCUCUCUCCCCAUCAGCCCCAUGGAAGGGCUACCAUCUGGUUCCGCGCAACCACCUUCCCCCGGGGGUGGUGGUGGGUGGGAGGGGGUGUGCGCGCUGUGUGCGCGGAAGGGAGUGCGGCAUGCGCGUUUGGAUCAACGCCCCGGCCACUUGGGUGCAGGUGGGUUUGGGAUGGGUGCAGGUGGGUUUGGGAUGGGUGCUGCUGGGUUUGGGAUGGGUGGUGGUGGAAAAAGGACGGAUGCAGGUGGGACUGGGGUGGAUGCAGGUGGGAAUGGGGUGGGUGCAGGUGGGAAUGGGGUGGGUGCAGGUGGGUACCACAUGGGUGCAGGUGGGUAUCGAAUGGGUGGAGGUGGGUACUUCACAUUCUCUCAUCCACUCAAGUCUCCCCCAACGCGACCUGGCAGAAGAAGGCCAUGGCGCUCCUCCCCACAGAUCUACCCCAACGCGAGCUGGUGGAAGAAGGACAUGACGCUUAUCCUCAAGGGCCCUGCUCUCUCCCAUGGGGACGUGCGCUGCCUCGACCCCCCUGCCUGCUCGCAACUCGACCUCACCUACCGCCUCUGGGACGUGGGACAGUACAAGGCAUUCCUGAGCGUAGGCUGCGCCAACCUGCGGUUUUCCCCCAACUACAAGCAGCAUCUGAGCCAGACGCACCUCCAUGUACUCACAUCAUGGAACGUCACAAUUGUGCCGCAAAAGAGAGACGCCGCCUGGGUUAACGGCUCUCUUGCUCUCCCUCCCACCUCCGCUGCUCCUUUUGCCUCUUCUGCUACUGACACUGCAACCUCUGCUACCACCACUGCCACUGCAACUGUGACUGCAGUGGCUGCUGUUGUGAAUGUUGCUGCUACAGCCAACGUUCCUCCUGCAGCUGCUGCUGCUGCUGCGGCCACCGGCACGGGGGAAGCUCUAAACUCUGGUGCUAGCAGCUAUAACACUAACGGGAACAAUCAAAGCGUCCCUGCCUCUGCUGUAACUAGCGAGAUAAGUGAACACACAAUCAGUAGCAGUAGCAGCAGCAGCAGUGUUCGCCGCUUCUUGAGUGGCAGGUGGCAGGAGGAGGAGGCUAGUGAGGAGAGCGAGGCGAGCAGAGGGAGAGGAACGGAAGGGAGGGGUGCGGAGGAGAGGAGGCUGCUGGAAGAGGGGGCGACGGAUGAGGAGGAGGAAGAAGAGGAGGAGGAGGAGAAGCUGCCAAUGACGCCGUGCCAGGUGUCAGGCAUCAAGGGGCGAUGGGUGCUGUCCAAGGCUGGCGGAUACGAGUGGCGCUUCUACCCGUGUGCACCCAGUGAGCCGAAACGACCGGCAGGAUGGGUGGCACAGCUGGUGCGGAAGGGCAUUCAGGAGAUCAACAUCGUGGGGGACUCGCACCAGCGCGUUCUGUCCUUUCACCUGAGAUAUCUCCUGUCAGGCUUCGCGGACGAGCGCAUGGUGCGGUCGCACGAGGACAUGAACUUCACAGUCACGGAUGAGCGCUCGAGCCAGGUUCUGCGAAUCAACUUCUACUGGGUGGACGGCAUCUACAGGAACCGCGAAUACGGCUGCUCGUUGAGAGGCCAGUACACGCACAACUACCACACCUUCCCCAACAUCUCCACCACAGCCAACGUCACAGUCAUAGAGGGCGGCUACUGGGCCGGCAAGUGGUGUGCCGAGCCGCUGCAAGCCCUCCGCGCCCGCCUCCCCGAGUUCUUCAUCUGGGCGCUCCUCGCCGCCCGGUCCAACCGCGCCCGCGUUGUCUUCCGAACGCCGCCGCCCGUCCCGAACGCCGGCUCGCAUUGCUUGGAUUAUGCGAUCAAGAGGGGUUUUGCGGGGCCCGCGACAAACCUGUACCUGGCUGCGGCCAAUCGGCAUGCACGCCAGCUGGCGGCAUCGGUGACGAGAGGCGCUGAGAUGGCGGUGUUUGAUUCGUGGGCCGUGGAGGCGCCGCGGUACGGCGACACCUGUCCCGGGGAUCAUCAUUACUCGUGCUUUUUGGGCGGGCAGAAGCGGACGAAGCCGGUUGUGAGGGGGGCGGUGGGAGAUGCAGUGGCGAGGACUUUCCUGCACUUUUUGCUGCACUCGCUGCGUAUGGAGGAUAGCAGCACAGCAGAAGAGCAAAAUAAUACCUGA